UGAGAAGAGCAUAUUAUUCGAUUUUCGGUAAACAAAAAACAAAAAACGAAACCGAAACCGAACCGGAAGAUGACGAUGUUUCCGAAAAUGUUGAUGAAGAUAUGAUAGAAAGACAAGAAUUUACUGAUAGAAUGGACAGUUAUCUUGCUGAAUCUGAGCAAAAAACUGAGAAGAAGAGAAAGAGACAACUUGAGAAGGAGCCAACUUAUGAUGAUGAGAUGAUGAAUGUGAUUACGAACAAUCAGAUGAAGAUUACGAAUAUUCGGAUGAAGAUAUUUUACCGGCAACUCCGUCGAAAAUUCGAAUCAGAGACUCAUCGCUUCAUCAUUUAUAGAUUUCCCACAUGGACUGAUUUUAAAUUUUCACAUGUGGAGAUGUCAAAAGAAAAGAUGAUAGUUAUUCAUGUGAAGAUUAAUGCUAAACUUUCCGAAAGUUGUGUAGUAGAAUCUUUCGCUCCAUUUGCGAAAAAUUUAAAAGCGAACACUGACAGAAAGGAUGAACAGUUCACCAUCAAAGAACCGGUUCCGAAAGAUGUUGAUGUUAAAACUGUAAAGUGUGGUCCUUUGAAUUUGAAAGGCCUUAGUAGUACCGUUUCAGUUUUACCUAGUUGUAAUAAACAUCGGAAAUCUAUUUAUGAAUUUACACAAAAAACUCGAGGAAGUUAA